AUGGUGGAGCCUUUCUACCCCGCCGGCACGUAUCACUGCCCAAAGUCGGCACCGCUGGCCGUUCUACGCCGCUUUCUGCUGCUCCAUGUAACCUCUAGCCUGUUUCUCUGUUCUCUCUUUUUCCUUCCGACGGCGGCGUUCCAGCAUUCGCCGUCGCCCCUGCAGUCUUCGCUGAAUGCGGCAGACUCUUCUGAGCUAGACCUCGCGCCUGCACGCGAUGAAGCGCCGCGACGGGAAAAUGCGUUUGAGGCGGGCGCGUUCUCACGAGGCCAUCCAGAGGGCUUACGUCACGGCAGUCAGGUGAACACACAGGACACUGGCCUUUCAGACAGAAUUCUGCUCUCAGUUCCCGAGCCGGCGCAAGCAGAAGACUGGACUGACAAUGCUGGCAGAGUGCCUAGCAGCUCGGGUGGUCCGGGACGUUUGGAGCCGGAUGGGCGCAGCGAAAACGAGCAGAGAGGAGGAGCGAAGGCGGCGAGAGUCGAACAGCGAAGCCGUGGCGUUAUGGACACCAGAUCCCCGGUUCUCUCUCAGAAUGAACAGAUGCAAACUUCGCAGCGCAGGCUUCGCGAGGUGGAGAGACUCGAACGGCCUAGCGCCGAUCUGGAGGACUGGGAAGGCCUCGUCAGAUAUAAAGAAGUUAGCAAGUCCUCAGGGCCGUACAGCGUGAGGGUUGAAGGCCGAUUUCUACGAAUUGGCGGGAGGAAAACCCUCGUUCUAGCAGCCGGAAUGUCGUCCUACUUCUUCUACUCGGAGGGUAGCGACUGGCCAAGUUUCCUCAGGAACGCGAGAGCAGCGGGCUGCAACGCAGUGCACACGACAGUCGUCUGGGGAGCACACGAGCAAACCCCGGACGUCUACGACUUCAUUCGCCCAUCCGCCAACCUCAUCAAAUUCGCGCAAAUGGCUGCCGCGAAUGACCUUUUUCUGAUUCUCAACAUUUGGCCAGCUCCGGAGGCAAGACCGGAGUGGAGGAACGGCGGGUUGCCUGCGUGGCUUCACGUCAACCUCCUCGACCCCUUUGAAGCCGCGUCAACUGCGGCACGGCGACAGCGUUCGCGUCUCAGGAAGUGGCUACGAGUGCUGAGGCGGAUACUGAAGCCCGUGUCAGCGGGCGAGGGAGGGCCGUUGAUUCUUCUGCAGGUGGAAAGCUCCGCCGCAUUCCCCUUUUUCGUCAGAGAAGUGUUUGCUCCGGCGCUUUCCAGUUCGAUGUCCACACCAGCGACCGCACUCCAGGUCGACAGUCUUUCCGGGUCUAGCCAGCACGCCUUCAGCGAGGACAGGUCUUUCGGGAGGCAAAAAGAGCUUUUUUUUGAGGAGUCAGGCGACAGUGAGGCAAACGCGGCGGAUGGUGCCGCGAGACGACACCAUGCCACGGGCAACGGAUCUCCUGUGGGAGAAGACGCCGAUGAGAGCGACGACUGCUUGGAAGAAGAAGGAGACGAGAUUGAAGUGGAUGAGCAACAGUUCCGGGACUUGCCAAGCGACGGGCAGUUUCCACGCAACCUUCAAACUUCGGACGGGGAGGUUCCUGACUCCGAGCAGCGAGGGACGGAGGCAGGCCUCUCCGGCGUCGGGCCGCAGAAGCAAAAGGAACCGGAGUUUCAGGGCAGAGACCGGAGCCGCGGCCCAGGACAGCCCAAGAAGACAGUCUGGAGUUGGUUUGUCUCUUUCUUCGCUAGUCGCCCCAAUCAGCGGAAAGGAACUGUUGAGCGAACGGCGAGCGCGGGCGGGACGAACGCGAGAUCGGGAGACGGCGCCGGAAUCCGGGAAUCGGAUGAGGCCCACAACACAGGCUCGCCGGGUCUCAACUGGCGAAAGUGUUCACCGGCUCGGAUUUUGUCCACCUUGAAACUUCGGCGACGCGAGGUGGAUCUGAGUCAAAGAGGUGCGGACGGUCGCCCGGACGCGGUGCCAGGAACACACGAAAGGAUGGCAAAGGAAGCUAGGGAGGAAACGGAAACGGCCGUGCAUGCGGACGGCUCCGACGCAGAUCGGUCGCGACCCUGUGGGCAUCGGGACCACCAGUCACGGCCGUCUUUUGCGGGUUGCGCCGAAACGAGGGACUUCCAGUCGCAGCCGUGCAGCCACGCCUCCAUCUCCAGUGAAGUCAAGGAAACGACAGACUCCCCUCUACGCAGUGCUCUGUGGACUGACGGUGGGAAAAGGAUUCGCACGUGCCGAGUGCGGCCUAUUUCCUCAUGGGGCCUUGGGCCCCGGUACUGGAGAAGCGAUCCUUACCUUCGAGCGCGUCAAGUUCUAGGCUUGGAGGAGAGAUGCGAAGUGCGGCGAAGAGACACGGAGGUCGAGUCUGGGGACACUCGCAGGCACGCGCGCGAAUUUGCCUCGCCAAAGGGAGAAGGAAACGCCCGCGAACAGUGGGAGAGGAGAGGCGGAAAGGGGCAAAUGGAGUCUACGGGCCGUGGCUGCAGCGCGCCAGAGGGAGGGAGACUGCCACGAAAUGGGGAAGACGGAACACUCGCAGACGGGCAGAGCACGCGUGAGGAUGGCGGUCGAGACCGCUUCUGCUCAGGCUGGGCAAAAGACAAGGACCGCGCUACGGACCAGACUACACGAGACUUCGAACUCAUCGAGCAGAUGUUAAAAACACGAACUCGGCGAAGCCAGAAGCGCCUAGAACACUACGGCCUCGACAACAGAGCUCUUCUGCAUUCAGGCGUCUCCGAGGUAAAGGCUGGGGCCCGCCUGGAGCGCAGCGCACUCUGCGAAGGCCCCAACGUCCAAGAAUCGAAGGAAGACGCGGAAAAGGGCGACCGCCAACGGCGUGGCGCGUGCAGUGUCUGUACGGCCGGUCGCAGGCGACGGGGCGUCUGGGAGGAGCUUCAUGAGACACUGCAUUUGCCUUUCGUUUUCUCAAUUACACUCGGCGAAUCGGGCGACCUCGAUGAAGCCGAGGGAGCGUUUCUCCGCACCCUGUUGGAUGCCAAUCUGGGCGUGGACGGAGAUGCUCCGCUCGCCGGCGGCGCCUUCCUGCUCGCUUGCACUGGACACGCCUGUGCCCCGCCCCGCGGAGGCAUUCGCGGCGUGCCUGGCUCGCGCGUCCCUUCCAGAAGGUUCCUGCUCGGGAGACCACGGAACGCGACGGAGCGGCAAGGGGCGGCGCUCGACAGUUUAGCGGCUCCGACGACCUCGCCGGCGUUUUCCGACUUGCUGGAUCCGAAGACCACUGGCAGGUUUUCCUGGCGCUCGCUCCUCGGCCUUCCGCCUAAGCUCUCAGAGGACGUUUUGGAGUCCCUGCGGGCAACUCGGGCGGCCGAGCGAAGCAACGGCACACCGGCAACUUCUGUGCCUGAUAGUGCGUUUGCCGAGAGCUCCUACAGCUGGGAAAGGUUCCUCCGUCUGUUCGAAUGGAGAACGAUUUCAUCGUUCAUGUCUUCGCUUCUGCACGGCAGGCGCCCCUCCCUGCCCCCGUCGCCGUACACAGCUUCCCCGCCGUUUUCGUCCUCGGCCGGCGUCGCCGCUUCUCAGCCAGAACGGAUUGCACGGGGCGCGACUUGGGAGGCCAGCACCGCUUUCACGGACGUGCCCGUGGAAGCGCUCCAAGACGUCGUACGCUUCUUCGCGUACGGCGGAACCGUCCUCUCUCACGUGCCUUUUAUCGAAACCAAUCCGGCGCUGGAAGACGACCCCGCGCGGCGGGCCGUGGUGCCGCAACCUCUCGAACCCGUUUCAGCGGAGGUUUCGCCUGCCUCGUGCGGCGCCUUUUCGCCAGAGUGUUCGCUGCAGACGGCGCCUUCGCCCGCUCCGUGUCCCUCCUCGGAACGCCUUUCCUGGGGAACUGCCGAAGCCGGCGACGGCGGACGCGUCGCCGCCUUGACGUUUGCGGGGCGGAAGGCGCGAGCGCCGCUGAAUGUUUGGGCUUCUCCUCAAACGCCGCUUUUUGAAGUUCUCGUUUUGCUUCAUCGAUUUCUAGGACACGCGAGCGGGAAUUUAUUGGAGCGACCGUCGUACACUCUCCCCGUUUUCCGAAGCGCCCACGUGGAGCUCUUUCCUUUCAAGACUGUGGAUAUCAUUUGCAACACACACCGGAAGCGCACCAUCGCUCUGUCGGGAGGACGCGGCAGAAACCGGUUGCCGCUGUCCCCUCUGUCUUGCUACGGAUAUGAAAAGGCGACGGGAACACCCGCGAGUGCAGCCCCCGCGAAAAGGCGAAGCCGCCUCAUCUACUCGACGGCGCUGUAUAGGCGGCACGCGGUGAAGGCGGCAAGAGCUUUUGCCGAGGACGGUGACCAAGGCAGAAGACAGCAGGCAGACGCGCAUGCCCGACACAAAGCGUCUCAGCGUGAAGGGGGGAAACCGUCCAGAACCAACAGGGCGUCCUACGCUGACUUGUUUGCGAUUGCUGAUGGAGCGCGACUCGUGAGACCCCAGGUCUGGGUUCAAAGCAUGCGCAGAGUUGAUCCGAUUCCGCAUGCGACUGCCGUCACUUCCGCCCUGUCGGAGGGUCCGGCGUUUUGCCUGAGAGACGACGCGCCAGCAAUCGCCUGGGUCGGUCGCCUCUCGGUUCUGGCCUAUCCCCAACGCCUCGCUCAAGGCUGGUCCGACUUCAUCUGGUACGAAGCGAACCUGGUUGGACCUCAAGAUACUCGAGACGCGCAGAACGGCAGGACGACGAAUCGAGGAACCUUGGCGUCGGGGCAGGAGCGACUGGUCGCAGCAGACGCACCAGGCGUCCUGGCGGUGCGAUGCAGUGAACGCAGCAGCUCGGUCUAUGUUUUCUCGGAACGUGGAGCGCUUCUCGGUCAGACGGUCUCUGAUGCGGUGAGGGACGAACCGUGGCACACCGCCCGGGGGCCAGGAACUGUCGCUCCCUUUCACGCGGAUGAAGUCUGGCUACGAGUGCAGAUCCCACCGGGAGUCAGGAAGGUUAUCAUUCUGAGCUCGUCGGUCGGAGCCCGAAACUACGCAUCUUUGAUUCAAUCGAUUCACCGUCCCUCCUGGAGAAGCCGACUACGUCGACUCGCUUGUAGCUUCCUUGCGCGAAUGAACUCUCUCUGCCGCUGGAGAGCAAAAUCCAGCGACGCAGAGCAGUUCCAUCUCCAGGGGCAGCAACCGGCAAGCAUGCAUGAGCUGCGGUGGCAGUCGCUCCCGCUGGAGCCAUCUAAGGCAACGGUGCAUUGGUCUGCGAAGGGAACCGCAGCUGCAAUCUGGAGUUGCCCUAAAUGCGUUUUUAGAGAUGUGGGGAUUUGCUCCCGCCUCACAGCAGCACGCGACGAGCGAAGGCGCACUCACGGUAAAGCCGUUCACAUCGGCACCUGCGCUGCAUGCGGACCAGGCAAACGGUGGUGCGCAGUAUCGGUGAUCGCCACAGGAGUGUAUACCAAGUUCUCAAAAUCACCUCAGGCAAAAUCCAACGCUUCGGCGGAGAGCCAUGGUCACCUGCCGCGGAUUAAAGAUUGCUGUACCGGCCGUAAAGGACGCGCGUAUGUCAAUUCGCAGUUCGCAGGGUACUAUUCGAUAAGCGGAAGCUGCACGCACGGAACGCCCCCCGAUCCCGAAUGUGGAACAACGGCAGCUCUCGUAAAAAUUCCCACAGACUGGGUUAAGCCGGGUUUAAAUUACGUGGACCUGCUUGAGGAAAAAGGCGGAUACGGAGGUGGCGUCAGCAUCCAGGAGGAAUUCCAUGGCGGCCAUGCUGCCACUCUUGCGUGGACGGAAUGUUUAAUAGUUGGAGCCGUCGUCCUUCUCGUUUGGCUCAUGGCCCUCGUCCUUGUCGGGAUACUCCUGCAGAUGUGCCGCCAGAAAUAUCAAGGGCAAGGUUUCAGUGUACAAGAAGUUAUCUUCAGGCAGAUUGUUCAGUCUAUCAACCCAUCCGAACUAGAGAGCCCGUCAACCUCGGGAACAGUGUCUCCCGUGCACGGUCGAGGCAACCCGGCUACUCGCGCACGACACUGA